AGGUUGGUAUUUGCGACUUCCACAGGUUGGUUUCCAGAAACUUCGUCUCCAACCAAACUAAACUCCAAAAAAACAGACCAUCCGAUUGAGGUACUCCAAUCCCAUCUUACAGUCCACAUAAAACCACACUUCAAAUUUCAUCAACCCAACUCUUUAGAGCAUCACUGCUCCCCACUCUUAUCCCUCUCUCCAAUUCCUUCUCCGUGCUUCAAUGGCCACUGUCCUCAAAACGCCGCCGUUGAAGGCGCCCCUCCCACCACGACUAGUCACCAACAAUGUUUCCUUAAAUUCCUCCAUACCCUCUUGCCUCGCAUUUAGACAUAGAAGCAUUAGCACCAAAUUUCCCCCUUCAAGUUUUCUCCAGUUCGCCGCCAAAUCGUCUCCCCGGUUUGUAAAGUUCGCUCCUUUCUCUUCUCAAGGAGAAACCGAAACUGCUGAGACCCAAGAGACGAUUCAGGAACCAGAAAUCCAGGAUUCUUCAGAUGGUGCCAGUCAGGUGGAAGAUAGUGCCAGCAGUGAAGAAGUUGCUGAUGCUAAGGAAACUCCUCCUUCAAUCAUCAUGGCUUCACUCCAGUCAUACAAAGAAGCUUUGGCAAGUAAUGACGAGUCCAAAAUUGCUGAGAUAGAAGCUUUUCUGAAAUCUGUUGAAGAUGAGAAAAUUGACCUUGAAAGGAAGGUUGCUAGUUUGACUGAAGAACUGUCAAUAGAAAAAGAUCGGGUCCUCAGGAUCAGUGCAGACUUCGACAAUUUUCGAAAGAGGACAGAGAGGGAAAGGCUUUCAUUGGUAACAAAUGCACAAGGAGAAGUUGUGGAGAGUUUGUUGCUUGUUUUGGAUAAUUUUGAGAGAGCCAAAUCCCAGAUUAAAUUUGAGACUGAAGGAGAAGAGAAGAUCAGUAACAGUUAUCAGAGCAUAUACAAGCAAUUUGUGGAAAUUCUCGGUUCACUUGGUGUUGUCCCUGUGGAGACAAUAGGGAACCCCUUUGAUCCAUUGCUGCAUGAAGCAAUUAUGCGAGAGGAUUCAACAGAAUAUGAAGAAGGUAUCAUACUUGAGGAAUUUCGCAAGGGGUUCAAGCUUGGUGAUAAGCUCUUGCGACCAUCAAUGGUGAAAGUAUCAGCUGGUCCAGGUCCUGCAAAGCCUGAAGAAGCAGGGUCAUCAGAAGGAGCUGAUACUGCAAAUGAAACUAGUGAGGAGGACAGCAAAGAACCGGAGACUUCUUGAAAGACAAGAUACUAAACCUUGACAAGUUUUGUAAAAGCAUAAGCUACAUUGUUGUGAUAUCAUUAGGACACUUGAUAGCUUUUUAUGGGAUGUGAUUUUUGCAAGGGAAAUAAUACUUUAUUUUUUGUUUGGUUUAAUAGGGUUAUUAUUCGAAGGGAAUAUCAUUUCGAGA